GUUGAUCUUGAUUUUGAUUUAUUACAUGUUUUUUUGUUUUUUGUUUUUUUUGUAUUGACGUUGCUAAAAAGAUGACUAACUAAAGGUAUUGCCUAUAAAAGUGAUUUAUUUAACAGACAUAAAAGUAACUCUGUUCACAUUGAAUUGUUAACAAGCAUUUUAUUCUUGUAUAAAAAUGCCGGCUUAUUCGAACAUUAUCGCUUUAUUUUGUUUGGCGACAGUUGUUUAUUCGCAAAGGGCUACAUCAUCAUCAUGCGUUUAUACCAUGGACAACGUGUUAGAGAAGAUUGUCAAGAUUGGGAUAAAGGUAGAGGAGAUAGAGAAAAGACUGAAUGCAAUAGAGGCUCAACAGACUGGAACUCUUCAAGUCCUCAAAACUCCAAAGGUUGCUUUUAGAACCCAGCUGAGCUCUAAUCUCGGGACUGUAUCAUCUGGUUCCACAGUAAAGUUUGAUCAGGUUGACCUUAACCUUGGCAGUGCAUAUAGUGAUGGUGUCUUUACCGCACCGUAUAACGGCACGUAUAUAUUUUCGAUGGUACUGGGAAAUCCUAAAGGAAAGCCUGGUGCCUUCUUCAUGAAGAAAGAUGGCGUUGGAAUUCAGUAUGCAAUUGCUGGGCACACGACUAGUUGGAAUAUCGGCGGUGUCACCACAGUAGCUGAACUUGUUAUCGGUGACCGAGUGUGGGUUGAAGGUGAAGGAAAUGUGUCUGGUGCUUAUCCCACCGCCAGAUACCACACUGGAUUCUCUGGCAUUCUUGUAAAUGCGUACUGAACGGAAGCAGUGACAGCUACAAAAGAAACCUGACUUUUUUUUUUUGGUAGAUUCAAGUAAUAGUAACACUCCUCCCUCCCCCAGGCAUACAGCAUUAAGCAUCAAUUCUCCCCCGAUUGCAGUCUUUACUCUUUCACCAAAGCAAGAUUUCCAGAAAAUAUGUGAAUUUAAUAAAAUUUGUAAUGAAGCUACACUUUUUCGAAUUUCAUCUUAAAUGCAACUUAAUCUCAUGUUGGGGGCGUCCUAAAAUAUGUAUAUAAAACACCCUAAUAUUUGUAUACUCCCUAACAUACCGUUUCUUACUGUCACUGCUUUUCUAUAGAGUAAUUCUGUUUAUGUUGUUGUUGCUGCUGUUUGUUUGUUUGUUUUUUUGUUGUUGUUUGUUUUGUUUUUUGCUUUAUAUUGAGAAGAAGUGAUAUAAGAUCACAGUUACAUGUAAAGGCAUUAUUUUGAUUAGAAUUACCUUUUUUGCAGCUGAAUAUUUUGCUGAUGUUACAUGUUUUAAAACAUAGUUUGAUUUUUAAUAAAACAAAUAAAUGUUGGCGUACCUCGUAUUUGACGUUUUAUAUUUUCUUCUGAUCGGACAUUUCUGGUAACUGUAAAAUAGUUGGUUUCUUUCAACGAAUUUGUUUUAAGGACGUUCGCUACAGUUUCGUAUUUCUUUUCUCAAUAAUAGAUUUUGAUGAAAUGUUUUGUAUUAAAAGAUCAUGUUUUGAUGUAUUGAAAAAUGAAAUAAAAAUACUAGGUCACCAA